AUGCAUCUACAUCCUGGUCAGAAGCAUGAUGCCGAUUCUUGGAAGGAGGCGAUGGCCCUAGCUUUGACAGCUCAGGGUCGACAUGAUGAAGCCACCGAUUACUAUAACUCUCUUAGUUCCGAGAAGUCCGAGAGUGAUAGGGUCCGCCUUCGACGAUUCUCCGCUAUGUGCCGGUUUGGUCCACUAAAUUUUGGCCUUGCAGAAAUUUUUGGAGAUAUGAGUCUGCGUAACUGUAUGAGCUAUGCUGCUACACGCGGAGACCUAGCGAUUCUGGCCUAUCUAUAUGACAAUUGGGGUGUUGAAUGGGAAUAUUCAAUUAGAGCCCUAAUCCAAUCAGGGCAUCACCAACUUCUCCGUAUCAUGCACGACCACAACGGCGUCGAUAUAUUAAGGGAAACGUCCAAACGGAACAUCGAGCGCGCUAUCGAACACGGACAUUUGGAGACCAUCAGCCUCCUACUUAGUAUCGGCCUCCAAGUCGGUACCGCGGAUGAGGAUUCCCCUCUAUUAGCAGCAUUAAACAAUGGUCAGAUAGCUAUUCUUAAUAAAAUGUUGGAGCAUGAUGCGAGCUGGGCAAGCUCCUGUACCCCCAAUGGAGAGCUAUUUAUUCCCAUUAUAAGCCGUCGGUGGAAGGACGACUCUUUAUACUAUCCCAUAGUCGUGUCGUUCCUCGUUGAGAAAGCAAACGUCAAUAUUGAUGCUAUCGAUAUUGAGGGCUAUGCCAUAAUCUAUUACGCGGUUUUAUAUAAUAUUAUACCACUUCUUAAGGCAGUACUUGAAGAGAAUCCCAAUAUCAACCUUACUGAUAAAGAGGGCCAUACGGCGUUACAGCUAGCCAUUGAAGCAGACUUGCCUUAUGCUGUCACCCUCCUCCAACCUCCUGAAUAA